AUGGCGGCGUCUGAGGCGGCGGCGGCGGGGUCCGCGGCUCUGGCCUCGGGUGUCCCGACCGCCCCGACGGCCGCGAGGGGAGCCGCCGCCGCCGCCUCGGGCCCGUGGGGGCCCCCCGGACGGCUGAGGGGCAGCCGGCCGCGGCCCGCGGCAGCGAGACAGCAGCCCGCGGGUCCCGCGCCUCCGGCCCGGGAGCUGAUCCAGCCGUCGGUGAGCGAACUGUCCCGGGCCGUGCGGACCAACAUCCUGUGCACCGUGCGCGGCUGCGGCAAGAUCCUGCCCAACAGCCCGGCGCUCAACAUGCACCUGGUCAAGAGCCACCGCCUGCAGGAUGGCAUAGUAAAUCCAACAGUAAGAAAGGAUUUGAAAACUGUACCGAAAUUCUACUGUUGUCCCAUUGAAGGAUGUCCUAGAGGCCCUGACAGACCAUUUUCUCAAUUUUCUCUCGUAAAACAGCACUUCAUGAAGAUGCACGCCGAAAAGAAGCAUAAGUGCAGUAAGUGCAGCAAUUCUUACGGCACGGAGUGGGACUUGAAAAGGCACGCCGAGGACUGCGGCAAGACCUUCCAGUGCACGUGCGGCUGUCCCUAUGCCAGCAGAACUGCGUUACAGUCUCACGUCUACCGCACUGGCCAUGAGAUCCCGGCAGAGCACAGGGAUCCACCUAGUAAGAAGAGGAAAAUGGAGAGCUGCUUGCACAGCCAGAAGUUGUCCAGUAAGACCACUGAGGCCUUGAGCACCCAACCAGCUGCAAGACCAGACACUCAAGAACUGGAAACUUCAGAUAUAAAGCUGGUCACUUCUUUUGAAGACUCUUGCAACUCUAAUGCCGGAAAGCAGACUCUUACAACACCUCCAAGAUACCCUCAGAAGUUGCUUUUACCCAAGCCCAAAGUGGCUCUGGUGAAACUUCCUGUUAUGCAGUUUUCUCCCAUGCCUAUCUUCGUGCCUACAGCUGACUCCUUGGCCCAGCCUGUGGUGUUGGGUGUCGACCACCAGGGUUCUGCCCCUGGCGCUGUACACAUACUGCCCUUGUCAAUUGGAACCCUCAUCCUCGGCCUCGAUUCGGAGGCUGGCUGUCUGAAGGAAAGUCUCCCUCUUCCAAAAAUUGUAAGUCCUGUUGCCAUGGAGCCAAUUAGUACAGGCGUUCAAGUGAACUUGGGUAAGAGCCUGUCUAAUCCUUUACAAGAACUAGGGAACACAUGUCAGAAGAACAGUAUUUCUUCAAUCAACGUACAGACAGACCUGUCUUACGCCACACAGCACUUCAUACCUUCCACACCGUGGGCUGGGCCUGAUUCCUCUGUAUCUUCUUGUUCUCAAACAGAUUUGACGUUUGGUUCUCAAGUCUCCCUUCCCAUUAGUGUUCAUACGCAAACGUUUUUGCCCAGUUCCAAGGUGACCUCGUCCAUUGCUGCUCAGACUGAUGCAUUUAUGGAUGCCUGUUACCAGUCAGGUGGGAUCUCCAGAGAAACCCAGACGAGUGGGAUGCAAAGUCUGACAGAUGACCGAGUACCAAUGGACCAAGCUGUUAUGGGUGGGGACAUUUUUGAGAGCGUCCAUUCAUCCUACGCUGUUUCUACAGACAGUAUUAUAAGCAGCAGCUUAGUAGCAGAGACCAUCGCUCAUGAUUUGUUACCUCAGACCCACCCUAAGACUUUAAAUCAAGAUCUUGAGAAAUCAGCACCAAUUAUAACCUUCAGUGCACAGCACAGCAUGCUUCCUUCACAGAACAUGACAGAUAAUCAGACCCAAACUAUAGAUUUAUUAAGCGAUUUAGAAAACAUCUUGUCAAGUAAUCUCCCCAGUCAGACACUGGACAAUCGUGGUCUUUUGUCUGACACAAGUGCUGGACCUGACCCCCAGCUCCCAUCUGGCCCGACCCAGAAUCCCGCAAUUGAUUUUGAUAUUGAAGAGUUCUUGUCUGCCUCAAAUAUCCAGACUCAAACUGAAGAGAGUGAGCUUAACACCAUGACCACCGAGCCUGUCUUGGAAUCGCUGGACAUAGAGACCCAGACGGACUUCUUCCUUGCAGACACAUCUGCUCAGUCCUAUAGUUGUAGGGGAAAUUCUAACUUCUUGGGCCUUGAAAUGUUUGACACGCAGACACAGACAGACUUAAACUUCUUUUUAGACAGUAGCCCCCACCUGCCUCUGGGAAGUAUUCUGAAACACUCCAGCUUUUCCAUGAGUACUGAUUCAUCUGACACAGAGACCCAGACUGAAGGAAUCUCCGCUGCUAAAAACGUACCUGCUGUAGAGAGCAAAGUUCAAUUGAACAGUACGGAGACACAGACCAUGAAUUCUGGCUUCGAAACCCUGGGGAGCUUGUUCUUCACCAGCAACGAAACUCAAACAGCAAUGGAUGACUUUCUUCUGGCCGAUUUGGCCUGGAACACAAUGGAAUCUCAGUUCAGCUCUGUAGAAACCCAGACAUGUGCAGAACUACACAGGGUGUCCGACUUCUAAAAGUGAAGUCCGAGCGUGCGACAGCAUUGACGAUUUCCUUCUGCAUUUGGAAAAUGGAGAGCGGGACAACAGUGUUAACGCUAUUGAAUGUAGUUACCGAUGCAUUUACUUGAGUUCUUGGAGGGUCUUUGCCUUUUGUACUUGUAAACAUGAAAUUUGUGUAUAAAUGUGAGUGUAUGAUAAAGUGCAAGAUGUUGGUCUAAA